UGACAGUUCUGCGCUGACAUUUCUCGUUUUAACCUCAAAAACUUGUAGAAAUUACCGUAAUGUUUUUCGUAUUUGCUUCUAAAACGUGAUUAAAUGGAUAAAGUGGCGAGUCUUUACGUCAUCGAAGGCGACUAUGGCCUGGUUUCGCUCGACGUCGGUUGCAUCGAGUCGAUUUUCUACGCCCGGCUCAAGAAACUCUCCGUUGAAAUAAAGCUUCAAAACGGUGUUAAAUCAUGUGCUUUGUACAAUGCCCCCAGUUUGAGGUGUGGCAACGUCACCGUGACCCAAUUUCCGAAAAUACACCUCCAUUGGAAAAGCCUCCACGGGGACCUCGACCACAACCUCUCUGCCAAAGAUUCCAGCGAGACUCUCGCGCUAAUAAAUCUAGUCUCAAUGAAAUUAAAGCCAGUUUUGGAAUUCCUCUAUUGGGUGGAUCAAAGAAAUAACGAGGAAUUUAUCAAUCGGUGGUUCAUGAAAGCACUGCCUUUUCCCUUCAAUUACUCGUACACUAAGCACAAGAAAAACGAAGCGUUGCAAUUGAUCGAGACGCUGUACCCCCUCGACACCGACAUGGAAGUCAUCAAAGAAUACAUCACGAAAACUGCCACUACGUGUUUGUCAACACUUUCCACUCGCCUAGGCAAAGCCAAGUUUUUCUACGGCGAUUAUCCCCUUACCUUAGACGUUGUGGUAUAUGCACAUAUAGCCCCCUUAGUCAAAUUACCCUUUCCCACGAAUGAUAUUCCAGCAUUGUUGUCAAUGUGGCCGAAUCUGACCGAGUUUGUUAAAAGAAUAGACGCAAAAUAUUUUCCUGAAAUUAAAAGAAACAUUAAAUAUUUGCAACCCGAAAGCAAUAAUCGGCAAAAUGAUGAUGAGGUUUCCUAUCUUUCCGUUUUUAUCCUAGUUGUGAGUGCCGCAUCCCUAGCAGUGGGAUUUGCGGUUAAGAAGGGGCUUAUAAAAUUGACAAAUUUUUAUUAGUUAUAUUUUAAGACUGAACUGACUCAGUACUGCGUAUUGCUUGUUAGAAAUUAUGGUUUUUGUAAAAGUUUUGUAAUAAAGUGGUUAGAA